GAAUGACAAAAGCAGGCGGUGGGAGGUCGGCUGGCAGCUCCUCAAUGGCUUCAGAAUAAGUGUGAUCUUAAGGCACUGUUAAGAAAACAUUGCAUAAAAGCAUUAAGGAGACGGUCUGGCUGCAGGAUUAAGCAAACACGCCGACUUUGGUCGUGUCGCAACUCCAUCAGGUAUCAGUCUGUGGGGUUUGAUGGUUCUGGAGUUUUGGAACAAACGGUGCCAAAAAGGCGCACGGAACCGGCGCGCCAGAGAACAGGUUAAUGUAGGAGAAAAGAAGAAAAAAAGAGAAAAGCCCCAAAGAGUGCAGCUGGGAGGAGGAAGGGGGGGGGGGGUGCUCCAGCCAAUAGGAAGGCAGAUCCAGCCCAGCUCUAUAACUCUGUGCCACAAGGCUGAGCAAUGCCACAACCGACUUUCUGCUGCUCCGACACUUUCUGAGGACUAACCGGACUGAGCCGAGCCGCGCGCGUUCCGAGAGCGACCACGCAGCAGCGGGUUCCCCUUCUGCGCGCCUCCUCAUCCACUCCUCCGCGUUCAGCCAUGAGCGCCGGACAGACCUACGACAAGAAGAUCGCCAGCAUUUUGACCGACCUCCCCGGAUCUAUGAGCUGCCACCCGAACUCCAAGGACUCCCCCACGCUGCCCGAGUCUUCCGUGACGGACAUGGGCUACUACAGCGGACAGACGGGCCACCACGAAUAUUACCAGAGUCAGCCGUACGGACAGCCUAUGAACUCCUACCACCACCAGUUCAAUCUAAACGGAAUGGGAGCCGCUGGAGCCUACGCCACCAAAUCUGAAUAUUCUUAUACGAACAGCUACAGACAGUACGGACAUUACAACAGAGAUCAUCUGCAGGCCUCCCCUCCGGGAUCAGUAAAAGAAGAGCCAGAACCUGAAGUCCGCAUGGUGAAUGGGAAACCCAAGAAGAUCCGUAAGCCGAGGACGAUCUAUUCCAGCUACCAGCUCGCGGCUCUGCAGCGGCGCUUCCAGAAAGCGCAGUACCUCGCCCUCCCCGAGAGAGCGGAGCUGGCGGCCCAGCUCGGCCUCACGCAGACACAGGUGAAGAUUUGGUUCCAGAACCGGAGAUCCAAGUUCAAGAAAUUGUACAAAAACGGCGAGGUUCCUUUGGAUCACAGCCCCAACGCCAGCGACUCCAUGGCCUGCAACUCCCCGCCCUCCCCCGCAGUUUGGGAUAACAGCACCCCGCAGAGCACGCCGAUCAGCCGGCCCCAGGCGCCGCAGCCGGCGCACAGCUCGUCGCCGCCCUACCUGGAGGAUUAUAACAACCACUGGUACCAGCAGGGCUCGCACCUGCAGCAUCCGGGCACCGUGCACCACCAAGUCCCGCAGCAGAGCGUGGGAGCUGUCUAUUAACACGGACUCACUCAAGAGGCAGAUGUGUUGUGGUGGUCUGUCCACGCGAGGGACUCUGCAGAGCAAACACGGACACGGAGCAGGCCUGCCGCGCGCUUGAUUUUUGGUUUUGGAUGAUCCAGGAUGUUUUUAGGUUUUCACGAAGCGCAUCAAAGGAUUUCCGGUCACUUUUUGGCAGCGUGUUUAACGGACAUCCGGCGUGUUUUAUUUUUGUUUUUAUAUUAUUUAUGCUACUGUUAUAAGUGUAGCUUCCUAACUCCCUCUGUAAAUGAAAAUGCAUUUUUUUAAAAAAAGUAACAAACAAACAAACGUCAAAACUGUGCGGCUGACCCACGCACGUGGGUUUGUAGAGAAAGUUCAACUCAGGUCAUAUUUAUGUGGAUUUGUAUAAAAAAAUGUCGAAGGCUGUAAAUAAGUGUUUAUAACCAGAACCACUAUUAUCAUAUUUGCUUGAACCGUGGUGCUUUCAAGGACCUUUUAUUUUGUAUUCAUGUAAUUAAUCGACUUGUUGCCUUCCUGUCAAACGAAUAAAGGUUUUAAAUUCAA